AUGACCGAUUAUGAUCUAGUUGUUAUCGGGGCAGGAUGGUACGGCCUCGCCGUCGCUGCCACAUAUUUGCAAGUACACCCUUGUGCUCACUUCAUUGUCCUCGAGGCACAGUCCACUAUCGGUGGAGUAUGGAGUCAAGGACGUCAAUACCCGGAUCUGAAAUCCAACAAUAUGCUCGGCACAUAUGAAUACCCUGAUUUCCCGAUGGACACCGAGACCUAUGGCGUCAAAGCUGGUGAACAUAUUCCUGGGCAUGUCAUCCAUCGAUACCUGAGUGAUUACGCAAAGAAGUCUGGAGUGUUUUCGCGCACCAGAUUCGACAUCAGAGUAUUGGAAGUCUCAAAAGCAAGCAGUGGUGGAAGCUGGACACUGAAAACUGACAACAAUGACUUGACCAAUUUGUCAACGAAGAAACUGGUUAUAGCUACAGGUCUAACCUCUACACCGUUCAUCCCCUCCUUCGCUGGUUCAGAUGACUUCGAGAAGUCUGGCUUACUCAUCCACUCGCGCGAGUUUCCUCAACACACUAAAGCACUCUUUUCAAAAAACACUACAGUCACAGUUCUGGGUGGCUCAAAAUCAGCUUGGGAUGUCGCUUACGCUUGCGCAACUCGUAGUGUACCUGUCAACCUUGUCAUUCGCUCUUCGGGUCAAGGACCGACAUGGAUGGCGCCCNCCUAUGUAACUCCUGUCAAGGCAUGGUUGGAGAAACUAGUCCACCGCCGUUUUCUCACUUGGUUAUCUCCAUGUAUCUGGGGCGAUGAAGAUGGCUUUGUCUCGACAAGGAGCUUUNUGCAUGGCUCUUGGCUAGGUAAGAAGAUUGUAGAUGCAUUUUGGUGGGUGCUCAGCACGGAUGCGAGUACGUUGAUGGGCUAUGACAAGCAUCAAGAAACGGCAAAGUUGAAGCCAUGGCAAUCAGCCUUCUGGACGGGGAGUGGACUGGGCAUUCUGAAUUUCGAAGGCGAUUUCUUGGGACUGGUGAGGGACGGCAAGAUCAAAGUGUACAUUGCGGAUGUUGCGGAACUGGGAGAAAACACCGUAUCACUCAGUGAUGGCACUCGACUGAUCACAAAUGCGAUUGUGUGCGCUACAGGAUGGAAAGCACGACCACCGAUGAGGUUCCUACCACAAGGACUAGACGCCGCACUCGGACUUCCAUGCAGUGAGCCCCUAUCUUCAUCCUCGACAGCCGACUUUGAAGCAGCAGAUAAAGAGAUCCUGUCGCGCUUCCCUCGCCUACAAAAACAGCCAAGCACGCCUAUACCAGGCGGCGACACUACUGCCGACGCAACAUCCCGACCCUUCACUUUGUACCGCUUCAUGGCUCCCCCAUCGGAUAUAACCUCAGACCCGGCCAUCGCCUUCGCAGGCAUGAUAACAACAAUCUCCACCCCGCUCUGCGCUUCCCUCCAAGCUUUGUGGAUAACCGCCUACCUCUCCUCUUCCCUCUCUCGUGUUCCCAUUUCUUCCUCAGAUGCUCAGAAAACAGCACUCCUCCACUCGCGAUUCGGGCGCUGGAGAUAUCCUUGCGGCUAUGGUGGCAGAUUUCCUGAUUUUGUGUUUGACGCUGUGCCGUAUUUGGAUAUGUUGUUGAGAGAUUUGGGAUUGGAGUAUAGGAGAAAGCGUGGGUGGUUGAAGGAGGUAUUUGAGGCGUAUAGACCUGAGGACUAUGCUGGUGUUGUCGAGGAGUGGAUGGAGACGAAGGAGAUAUAA